UUAUGCUUCCUUAUCGGACGGCAUAGAUGCACUUCGAAAAUUAUUGGAAUCAUUACGUGACGAUACUAAAGUUGGUAGCGUUGUUAAGAGAUAUUUGGGGCGAAAUGAUUUUUUUACAAACGAUAAGGUAGAACUUUAUUUUGCGAGAAAAGAGAGAAAGACUAAAGAAAAGAUAACUACGGAGACAACGUUAAACAUGGCGAACCAAAGACUCGAUUUAUCCACUAAAGUUGUUCACAUAAAUGUACUUAAUCAUUUGGGUAAAGAAGCGAAUAAUUUAGGAGAAAAUGAAAACGACGAGCAAAAGGAAGCUGAAUCAAGUACACAUCCUGUCGAAGUCUAUAAUAACAGCAAUACGCAAACCAAAGAUUUUCCAUGUUAUCUUGAUGAAAUCCCCCCUCACGCUGAAUACUCACAUAUGGGAAAAGAUUGGAUAAUGGACGGUAUAAACUUGAGCAAUAAUCUAAAGGGAAUUGGUAUAAUUAAACGUGGCCAUUUUAACUUUUCAGAUACGGACUGUACAUCACAAAUAAGUGAUGACCAUUGGGACAAGAUCAUAAUCCCAUUUUUAACAAAAUAUAAAUUGAAAAAUAUGUUUUCAACGGAGGAUGACGAACAAACGCUAAUAAAUAUGUUUGGAGAAGAGAACAAAAAGAAGCUCUUAGAACCAGGCAAUCUAAAUUUGAUAUACAGCUUGACCGAUAUCGAAGAGGAUGCCAUAAAAGUUCUUGAAAUU